CCCAUCUGAAACCGAAAACCAAAAGAAAACAAAGGGAGAGCAAACAAGGCGAGACGGAAGUGAAGGCUAGAAUCGUCUCCGUUCGUCCGAUCCUGAUCAGAUGGCCCGGGUUGCGUCCAGCUGUGCCACCCUCGUGGCGCAAAGGAGGGGAUAUUCCUCCGCGAUAACCGCCAUCGGAGUGUCCGCGAAGAAGGUUGAGGAGAAGGCGGUGAAGCUGGGCACGGCGGCGACUGAGGACACCACGGAGGACAAGACGGCGUUCUGGAAGCCGGACCCCAAGACCGGCGACUACCGGCCCGUGACCGGCACCAAAGAAGUGGAUCCGGCCGACCUGCGCGCCGAGAUGCUCAACCAGAGGUUGCUGCAGCAGCAGUGAUGCGCGUGCUGCAAACACGCUGCCGGCCCAGGCUCAUACCGCCAUGUACAGCAAAACGUUGACGGGCGUGCUAAACUAUAUUUACUAGGCGCCAUGUCGGACAACGACUUGUCGGGAAAUUGCUUCCUGUAUCACUGUAUGUAAGUCUUUAGCAAACACUUACACAUUUGCGUGUUCUACGCAAAUCGUCUAAAAUUUCAGUGACUUUGCGCAUCAUGACAAAAUUUCAGCAGUUCAAUUGCGGGAAUUGCCAUUGUAGCAACUUCUGAGA